AUGAAAUCACGAAGCAUAUUUCGGCAAAUAAACAUUCUCAAAAGAGAUUUUGCUCAGUCGACAACAUGCAGGAUCCAGCAACAACGCCGAGUACAUUCCAGCGGCCCGAAGAAUACCAUCGCCGCAAGAGCCUCUGAUUCUGCAAUCCCAAUAUCGACCCGGAGACUCUCACAUUCGAAUAAACUCAGCUUAGCAUUGCUACCAACAAGCUCGGUAGUCCGAACUUACAUGAUCACAUCCAUGUCAUCUUCUCCAAUGUUGCUCAAGGCCUGCUUCGCGAUGUUACGGCAGAUGCUGAAAUCGAACUCCAUCUUCAUGAAUCCUGAGAGGAACCCACUCCUAAGCUGGGUUUUCAAGCAAACAUUCUACGCCCAAUUUUGCGCUGGAGAAAACAAACGAGAGGUACAAAGUACUGUUGAUGAAUUGAAGCACAUGGGCUACUCUGGAACUAUAUUAGAGUACGCGCUUGAAGUUCUUGAAGGUGAAGUCCCCACCCCUGAAGAAACAACGAGGGAAAUCGAAACUUUUCGGAAAGGUAUGCUGGAAACGAUAGAAAUGGCCAGACCUGGCGACUUCAUUGGCUUGAAAUGGUCAGGACUUGGUCGACAGUCAUUGCAUUUGCUGCAGAAGAAUCAGCCACCUACGGAAGCCAUGAAAAGAUGCAUAUACGAGCUGUGCGAUGCUGCAAAGGCGAAAGGCACGUUCUUUUUACCAGGCGCGGAAGAAGAGUCAACAGGCGUUAACAGCGGAAUUGACUCGUGGACAAUUGAUCUGAUGAGAAAAUACAACAAAGACAAACCAUUCAUGUAUAACACAUAUCAGUGCUACCUCAAGUCUACACCAAGACGAAUCGCAUAUUUGCUUGAAACUGCGGAGAAAGAAGGCUUUAUACCGGGAAUCAAACUUGUUCGGGGUGCAUACCUGAGCCACGAGCCGAGAUCUGCGGUCUUGCAAUCAUGGGAAGAAACAAAUGAACAAUACGACGGGAUCGUUGAAGCACUUCUCAAAAGAAAGUGGAACGCCACGCUGCCACCACCCAGCGGAUCUUCCACAGAUCUCUCUACUCAAUAUAGUCUCUUGCUGGCAACUCACAAUGCAGAGUCCAUUAGGAAGGCGCAAGCCAUUCGCAAUGAGCAAUUGAAAAAGGGAGAGUAUCGAGUCGAGUUGGGAUAUGCACAACUGCAAGGGAUGGCUGACGACAUAAGCUGCGAACUCUUAGACUCUAGCAGAAAUUCAGCUGGUGAACCUGUCGACAAACCUCGAAUCUUCAAAGCGGCUACAUGGGGAACGCUAACAGAAUGCAUGAAUUUCUUGCUCAGAAGAGCUUUCGAGAACCAAGAUGCAAUGGGAAGAACGGUUGAAACAAGGAAAGCUAUGGCGAAUGAACUGAAACGGAGGCUGCUUCAUACUAUUGGAUUAAGGCGGACAUGA